AUGAUUAGGGGAGGAAAUACUACAGAGAUCACCUCUUUCAUCUUCUUGGGAUUCUCAGAUUUUCCCAGAAUCAUAGCAAUGCUCUUUGUUGUAUUCCUGGUGAUCUAUAUGACAACCCUGACUUGGAAUAUGUGCCUCAUCAUCUUAAUAAGAAUGUAUGCCCACCUCCACACACCCAUGUACUUCUUCCUCAGUAAUCUGUCCUUCAUUGAUAUUUGCUAUGUGAGCUCCACAGCUCCCAAGAUGCUGUAUGACUUCUUCCGGGAUCAGAAAAUUAUCACCUAUGUGGGUUGUUUCGUUCAGAGUUUGGUUUUUUCGACCAUGGGACUGAGCGAGUCUUGUCUCAUGACAGUCAUGGCUUAUGACCGCUAUGCUGCCAUUUGUAACCCACUCCUCUACUCAUCCAUCAUGUCACCCUCUCUCUGUGGUCGGAUGGUGCUGGGGUCCUAUGUGGCUGGACUCUCUGCUUCUCUGACCCAAGUGAGUGCCAUGGUUCAGCUCCACUUCUGUGGGCCUAAUGUCAUCCGCCACUUCUUCUGUGACCUGCCCCAGCUGUUAGUUCUUUCCUGCUCUGACACGGUCUUCUUACAACUCUUGACUAUUGUAUUAACUAUGAUCUUUGGGAUAAUAAAUUCCCUAGUUAUCAUGAUCUCCUAUGUCUACAUUGUCAUCUCCAUCAUGAAGAUCACUUCCGCUAAAGGCAGGUCCAAGGCUUUCAACACCUGUGCUUCUCACUUGACAGCAGUUACCCUCUUCUACACCUCAGGUAUGUUUGCCUAUUUGAGUUCCAGCUCUGGCGGUUCCUCCAACUUUGACAGAUUUGCCUCAGUCUUCUACACUGUGGUGAUUCCCAUGUUGAACCCUUUGAUAUACAGUCUGAGGAACAAAGACAUCAAAGAUGCCUUGAAGAGGUUGCAAAAGAGGAGAAGGUAUUGCUGA